CCAUUGUCCCCUCCGCAUAUCCACCAUACUUUUCUCUCCGAUUAAUCGGAAAAUCCCCUCGUAAAACACUCUGCUUCUCCCUUUCUUUAAGAAAAUACUGAUUUUCUUUUAUUUUAUUUUAGGUGAUAUUGGAAUAGGUUUUCAAUUUUGCAUCAGUUAAUUUAUAGCAAGAGUAUGCAACGAAUCCUCCUCUAAAACCUUAGCAGCCAUGGGAGAGAGAACCCACAAGAAAAAAUCCAUAGACUCCCACCCAUUUUUAUUAAUUCUUUCUUUUUCAACUUGAAGAAGAAUCUAAACUAUUUCACAGGUUGGAUUUUUGAGCAAAACUUCAUCGCCGACCAGAAAAAGACGAAAAAGAAGAGGGUUUCGCUGAUAAAUCCAUGGCGUUGGAGAAAAACACGGGUGAAGAUGUUAAAUCCAAAGAUUGAUACUCUUUUAUUCCUAUUUGGAUCUACUAGACUGUUUGAAUGUGAGUUUAUUGUGGGAACAAAACAAUAAGCAGGGUUGGAGACGAAGGGGUUAUGACCCAAUUAAAAAAAUUAAAUAAAAUUUUAACACAUGGCACUUUAAUAAAUAAUCUGAUAGCAAAAAAUCAAAUUUCAUGCGUUUCUUUUGGAUGUAAAUAUGCUAACCAAAAAUGAUGUGUACUCGAUACACUUUAGAAAGGUUGCAUGUAAUAUUAUUAUUGUCCACGAAAAGGUUGCAAGAGUUAUUUGAGUAUACGUGUGGCUGGUACUUAUGUAUUUCGGCCUCUUGAAACUGUCAACACCUAACAAUUCUUUUUCAUUCUCUGCACAACUCGUUAGUUUUGUUCACUUCUAUGCCUAUAUUAUCGAAAUACACUGCGUAAGCAAGAGUGAUUCGAAAAUGGCAAGGAAAUUAGGGUCGUUUAGGAAGAGUUUCGAAGAGAAAAGAGAAAGAGAAAGACCUUUUUCCUCAUGCAACGGUGAUUACACUGAGUUACCUGGUUUCAAGCACACUCUUGAUUACCCUGAAAAUCUAGGGUGUUUUUCGUAUUUUCGUGAAAAGUUUAGAGAGGUAUGGAAGGAUUGGAGCAGCGUAGCCGUGAAGGCGAUGGAGAUGGGUCGAUCCGACCCGAGAAAGAUUGUAUUCUCAGCAAAGAUGGGUUUGGCUUUAAUGCUCAUAUCUUUGUUAAUUUUCUUUAAGGAACCGGUUGAAGAGCUCAGUAGAUACUCUGUUUGGGCUAUUCUUACUGUCGUCGUCGUUUUUGAGUUCAGCAUAGGAGCCACUCUGAGCAAAGGAUUUAAUCGUGGACUCGGGACACUGUCAGCUGGAGGUCUUGCUCUUGGAAUGGCUGAAUUGUCUCAGUUGGCCGGAGACUGGGAAGAAGUUGUUAUAGUCAUUGGUAUAUUCAUAACAGGUUUUUUUAUUACUUAUGCAAAACAGUACCCUCCAAUGAAGCCCUAUGAAUAUGGUUUCCGAGUAUUCUUGAUAACGUAUUGUUUCAUCAUGGUAUCUGGUUAUCACACUAGAGAAUUUGUUCAUACAGCUGUAAGUCGAUUUCUGCUAAUUGCACUUGGUGCUGGUGUUUCUUUAGCUGUUAACAUAUGUGUCUAUCCCAUCUGGGCUGGUGAGGAUCUUCACAAUCUAGUGGCGAAGAAUUUCAUCAGUGUAGCUACUUCACUGGAAGGUUGUAUCAGUAAAUAUCUGAACUGUGUCGAAUAUAAGAGGAUCCCUUCAAAAAUUCUUACUUACCAAGCUGAUGAUGAUCCAGUUUACAAUGGCUACAGAUCAGCAGUAGAAUCUACUAGCCAAGAGGAAGCUCUGGUAGCAUUUGCAAUCUGGGAGCCACCCCAUGGUCCUUAUAAGAUGAUUAAAUAUCCUUGGAAAAACUAUGUCAAAGUUAGCGGUGCAUUAAGGUAUUGUGCAUUCAUGGUUAUGGCACUGCAUGGCUGUGUACUAUCUGAAAUACAGGCUCCUGCUGAAAGAAGACAGGUUUUCCGUAAUGAGCUUCAGAGAGUAGGUACAGCAGGUGCCAAAGUGUUGAGAGAACUUGGGGAAAAAGUGAAAAAGAUGGAGAAGUUGGGGUCAGUAGACAUUCUCUAUGAAGUGCAUGAAGCAGCAGAAGAGUUGCAAAGAAAGGUGGAUCGGAAGUCUUAUCUUUUCGUCAAUGCAGAGAACUGGGAAAUCGGAUCACGACCCAUAGUGGUGGAUAUUCCACAGGAGCUUGGAAGCAUGGAUGAUGACAGAAAUUCUUUUCAACAUCACAGAUCUCAGAGUGAAACAGUAAUCGACAUUGACUCCAUCAAUAUCUCAAGGAGUUGGGAUAAUAGGACUUUUAAUGUGGCUAAUAAUAACAACCAAACUGCAGGAGUGACCCCAGAAAAUGGGGUGGAGAAACCAAAAAUGCGGACGGCACACACACUGCCUAAAGCUAAUGAUGUACUUAAGGAGGUGGAGGAGGAGGAGAAAGAAGAAGAAGAAUCAAAGACGUAUGAAAGUGCCAGUGCUUUGUCUUUAGCAACGUUCACCUCCCUUCUCAUAGAAUUUGUUGCAAGACUUCAAAACGUAGUAGACUCAUUCGAAGAAUUAAGUGAGAAAGCAAACUUUAAGGAACCGGUGGAUUUGUCUGAAGCAUCGGGGAGAGUUGGCUUGUGGUCCAGGUUGAGAGGAUAUAUGAAGUUCUCGAAAAGAGAGAGCGAUUUACUAGUUUAGAAAUCAAAUCCUUCUUGUCCAUGCAAAGACAGAAGAGCAUUGAAACUAUUACAUGAGGAGAUCUUGUAGCAGUUUCCACAACUGGGAACUCGAAUCGGCUCUGAAAAGGCAACACAUACUAUAUCCUGAUUUUGAAACUCUCGAACUUCUGAUGAGAAGUCUGUCUUAACCUUCUUGUGGAUGACCAUUGACGUACGCGAUGAUAGUUGGUCAAAUAUUGUUGACAGAUCAAUGACCAACAACUCUUUUUUGGGGUUUUGCUUAGAGAAGUCCUUAUUCCUGCAUGUUAGUUUUCAUUAGCUAUAAAUAUAUUGACAUAGAAUUUUGGCCAAGUAUACUGAGUUCUAAUGGUUUACGGUCUAACGGUUAAUGUAGGCAGCACAAAUGUAUAUUGAAAUACACUGCAAAAGUAUAUUAUUUUAGUUUAUGAUGUAGCUAUUGAGGUGCUUUUCCAAA